AUUGUUCCUAAUGCACUCUAUCAAGCUUGCUUUGGAAGUGUUCAUGAUCCUGGUUUUGAAAAUCUCCUCAACUCGCUGUGGCUGGUCGCUGUCACAUUUUUGAGCAUCGGCUAUGGUGAUGUUGUCGCAAAUACCUACUGUGGUCGGGGCAUUUCCUUAGUCACGGGUGUUUUGGGAUCACUUUGUACAGCACUGGUUGUGGCCGUUUUUGCCCGAAGGUUGGAACUUUCAAAGGCGGAAAAACAUGUGAUCCACUUCAUGAUGGAGAACACUCUCACCAAAAAGAUGAAGCACUACGCAGCGAAUGUCCUUCGUGAGACGUGGCUCAUCUACAAGUACACCAAAUUGGUCAAGAAGCUCAACGUGUCCACAAUAAGAAAACACCAAAGAAAGUUCUUAUGUGCCAUCCAUGGACUCCGGCAGGUGAAACUGGAGCAGAGGAAACUUCAAGAUAACGCCAACACUUUGAUUGACUUGGCUAAAGUAAGCAAAGUUUGCUCUCAUUCGUUGUCAAUAAGUAGACUCUACGGCUGA